AUGUUCGCCCAACCAUUCGAUCAUUCGUUCAAUGACAUCUUCAACCAAUAUGUUGAUGCGGAGUAUUCUGGCCGCGAUAGCAACAAAGACUCAUUCUCUGGCGAUUUUGACCAGCUCUUCCCGCUUGACUCGCUAUCAAGUGACUGUGGCGAUCAUUCCCCCACUGGAUCCACUCUGAAGCCCCAUCAAUCACCGCAACCCUGGAGUAAAGACUGGUCCAUGCAGGAAGACGGAGCCCAGUUUGCUUUUCAAGACACCAUUCACCCCUCUGCCAUUUCAGACCUCGGCCUGAACAAUAAUUUCGAGGUUUCUUCUCAGCCUCAAGCUCCCACAACAAACGCUAUCUCUUCCAACUCGCCAUCUACCCCGCCAGCUACUCCCCGCCGCAAAGCUACUAAGAGCGCCAUCGUCACUCCCAAAUCUAUCCGUCAUCGUGACCCCAAUGAGCGUCGCGCACUUCUGCGCAAGCAAAGCUUCUCCCCCAGUUUAAUGCGUUCUUCCAACCUGAACAAAGGAAGAAUGGCAUACCCCGAGGCCUGGGCCCAAAGGAUCCAGAACUUCAGUCUGGUCGGCUCAGAUGAUCGCCUUCCUUUGUCUCCUCCUCCUUCAGAUGUUCUUAUUAAGCAUGAGAACCCUUCUACCGACAUCAUAAACCAACAUAGAGACUCUGUCGAUAUGUCGGCUCAGUUCUUCCAACAAUCACCAGCUGUUUCCAUGCCCUCGCCUUCCGUUGGUGCACUUGCACGACACCAGCAACAAUAUAUGAGCCAACAAAGCUCUUCCACCUUGAACAACUCGAGUUCUCCUUCUGCCGAUGACAUAUUCUCUUCCUCAUACUCUUCAGAUCCUCAAUCUAUCUCCUCGUGGCAAUCUGAUGCACUUGGCACCUCUAUCUCAUUCACUCCCGAUCUACAAGCACACGACCAGGCCUGGUGGUCCCCCAUGCCUACUCGAGUUUCACAACAAACUCCAUACCAACAAAUGGUAUCAUCUCCUACUCCCCAGCGCCCCAUGCAGAGCGUUGGAUCUCAAAACGAUAUGAUGCAAGGCGGUCUAAUGAUUCAAAUGGACCCGUCAUUCGAUAACUCUGCCGAAGCCUCUUUCUCCAACAACAUGAUCCCCGCCACUCACAAAUUCAUGGCACCUGCCACUGUGCCCCAAGCUCACAACCCUCCCUCUCCAUCAUUGUCUCCCAAGGCCGGCUCUUCACCAAAGAAGGCCAAUCACCGCCGCACACAUAGCCGCAAGCUCUCAGGACAGAGCUCAAAUGGCCCCAAGCCGGCAAAGUCUACAAGUCCCCGCGGGGCUAACAAGUCUGCGAAUGUAUCAUUCGUGAACUUCACCGCCCACGAUAGCCACAGAAUCCUCGGCGGCGUCGCACCCUCUGGAAGCUCCAAGACAAAAGCUCGCCGGGAGCAAGAGGCUCGUGAUAAACGCCGCAAGCUGAGUGAGGCUGCUCUCAUUGCAGUUCGCAAUGCCGGCGGCGAUGUUGAAGCUCUCGAAGCUGUCUUCUGCUGA